GGGAGCGGGCGAGGUCGGGCGUGCCCUGAGGGUCUCCCACGGCUGCGGGACCCCACGGGCCGCGGCGCGGACCGGAGAAAGGAGGGCCUGGGUAACCCAGUUCGGGACCUCGGCGGGUGCACGCCCCUUCCCCCUCCCAAAGGGACCAGGGCGGCUCGCACCGGGUGUGUGUCUCCCCCCCAGGGAGACCGCUGGGGUAUAAAACCCCCGGCCCCUGCAGUCCGAGAGCACACAGCUUCUGCAGUCACAACCUCCUCAGCAACAACAACAAGCACCGCAACCUCUCGACAUGGCUUUCAAGGCUCUGAUGUUCGCCGCCCUGGUCGCCGCCGCGCGCGCCGGAGGCCCCGCUGCCUACUCCACCUUCACCGCCCCCGCCUCCUACGGCGCCGUCGGAGCCACGCACGAGAGCACCGUCAAGGGCUACGGCGGCAACUCCGUCAUCUCCGAGUACUCCAAGGCCGUCGACACCGCCUACUCCAGCGUGCGCAAGUACGACAGCCGUGUGAGCAACGACGCCAUCGCCUACGGUGCCGCCCCCGCCUACGGCGCCUACGGCUACGGUGCUGCCUACGGUGCCGGCUACGCUCCCGCCCUGGCCGCCCGCGCCUACGCUCCUGCCCUGGCCGCUCCUGCCCUGGCUGCCCGCGCCUACGCCCCUGCCCUGGCCGCGCCCGCUCUGGCCGCCCGCGCCUACGCUCCCGCCCUGGCCGCUCCCGCCCUGGCCGCCCGCGCCUACGGAGCCUACGGUGCCUACGGCUACGGCGCUCCUGCCCUGGCUGCCCGCGCCUACGCUCCUGCCCUGGCCGCGCCUGCCCUGGCCGCCCGCGCCUACGCUCCCGCCCUGGCCGCGCCUGCCCUGGCUGCCCGCGCCUACGGAGCCUACGGUGCCUACGGCUACGGUGCUCCCGCUCUGGCCGCCCGCGCCUACGCUCCUGCCCUGGCCGGCCAUGCCUACGCUCCUGCCCUCGCCGGCCACGCUCUGGCCGCUCCUGCCCUCGCCAGCGGUGUCGUGUCCCACGUGUCCUUCAACGGUCUGGGAGCUUACUACGGCUACUAAGCUUCCCCCUCGAAACAUCCACGGUGCUCUUUCUUUCCACACUUUUCUCCUUUCAAAAACAUCUUCCACAACACCCAACCUUAUGGACACCUAAAUUAUUAUUGAAUUCCGCAACAAAAUAAACUUUCAUCGUCUUACUUUCGUUUUAAGAAAGAUUUGUGACUGUAUCUAUGUAUGUUCGAAGCAAUAUGUGUAUUUAUAAUUUAAUAAAUAUGUCAUAAUUGA